CCACGUCAUAAGAAUGACACCGAACCUGCUUGAUUUUCUAGCCGACCCUGUUUCACUCAAAGUCUAAAGCCUAAAUUGCCAUACCAAGUUGUUGUUACUCACAAACAAGUAAAGAACAGAACAACAUAACCCUCUCUGACACCAAACCCUUUUAUCUUCACCUUCGAAUCAUGGUGGACACGGAUUCAAGCGAAGCACACAUGUCAAUAGCAGCUUCUUCCAUAUUCCCUGGCUUCAGGUUCUGUCCCACUGACGAGGAGUUGAUCUCUUAUUACCUCAGGAAAAAGCUGGACGGUGAUGAAGACAGUGUUCAAGUCAUUUCGGAGCUUGAACUUUGCACUUUUGAGCCUUGGGAUUUGCCAGGAAAAUCUUUCAUUCAAUCAGACACCGAGUGGUUUUUCUUCUCGCCACGGGGGAGAAAGUAUCCCAAUGGUUCACAGAGUAAAAGGGCAACUGAAUGUGGGUAUUGGAAGGCCACAGGAAAAGAACGCAUCGUAAAAUCCGGUCAGGAUGUUAUUGGUACCAAACGCACUUUAGUAUUUCAUCUUGGUCGAGCUCCUAAAGGCGAAAGAACUGAAUGGAUUAUGCAUGAGUACUGUGUCAAUGACAAAUCUCAGGAUUCAUUGGUGAUUUGUCGGCUGAAGAAAAAUACAGAAUUUCGUGCUAAUGAUCAUUCUAAUAAAACUUCACAUGAUAGUGAUUGUGGAGUCUCAGAAGAAGUUACAGUUCAAGGGGGCACUUAUGUGCCUAUUCAAGAUAAAGAAACUGGAUGCAGCUCCAAGAGAACUAGCAGUAGUAAUAGUUCUCCUUCUACUACUACUGGCCAAAUUGAAUCCAGUCAUAGAGUUGUCAAUGAAGCCAAUCAAGCCAAUGAAGUCAACAUAGCAAAUGAAACCAAUCAACCAAUGUAGCCAAUCAAGCCAAUCCCAGAAAUCACCCUCAGGUGGACGAAGAUGAUUGUUAUGCAGAGAUCCUAAAUGAUGAUAUCAUCAAGUUAGAUGAAUCAACACUCUCACGGCCAUCGCCACCACAAGGGACAGCAAACAGGAGAAUCAGGCUAAGGGUUCCCAAAUCAACAGUUCCCAAAUCAAGGGUUCCCAAAUCAACGGUUCCAACAGGAAAUGGUUGCCAUUGCUCCAAGCAAUCAUCAAACAAAAUUAACACCUUCCUGCCAUAUGCUUUGGUGGUCUUCACUUUCUUCGUUUUCACUUUGUUAGCUCUAGGCUUCUUUCUUAUUAUUAGGAGGUCCCAAACUACUGCGCAAUAUUCUCGAGACCUCUCUAGAGUUAAUUAAGACGAUUAAUUAAUUAGUGUUUAGUGUUGCAUAGCCUUUGGAUCGAUGUUAGUAUGUUACGUUGUAUACAAAAUUACAAACAAAUAUGCACUCUUCAUAGUGAAAUAGUAAG